AUGUACCAGCAACAGCAGCAGGACGAUUCCCCCCCUCGAACCCCUCGCUACAAGUCCUCCAGUCGAGGCCAUACGAGACGACCGUCCCUACGAGAUGCUUUCCCAGAGGCUGCAAUGUACGAUAGCCGGAGGGACAGUGAUUCGGACGAUGAGCGCGAUCCCCACGACUUGGCGUUAUCGCCAAAGCACGUCACCAGAACUUCCAUAGUCGACAACAUGCUUCUUUCCCUCGAUCAAUUCAGCUCGGGUUUCUUAGAUGACUCCCGCUUCUUCGGGUCCACUGCCGAACCAUAUAAUCUGGGACUACAAUUUGCCUUGGGGGAGGGGCGGCAUCGAGGUCAUACGUUCUCGUCGUCCAUGUCGUCCGAUGCGGACGUGCCCCCGGACGAUGGCCCGGGACGGCGGUCGAGCCAGUCGACGAGAGGGCAUAGGAGCAAUAGCAGCUCAAAUUACCAGCCGGGAUUGAAAAGAAUCGAUAGCCUUGGGGAUGGAGAUGGCACCAACAGUCGAGGUCGAGUCUACGAUUCGCAACGUGUUGCAUUGCCUGGGGAAAGAACUCAGACCAGCCGGUCUCAUCUUGCGAGGAAAAGUAGUACGAAAAGUAAUGCUUCAUCCAACAUUGACUUUGCGCAGAUGAUUGCCGGUAGCCGAAUUGGACAAAGGAGAUCCGCAAGCUUCGAUUUCGGUUCGAGGCUACCGUUCAUCCCAUUAUCGGAAUCAAUGCCUGGGGAGAGGAUGUUAGCAGACGAUCUGGAGGCCGCUCCUACUCCGACAGUGCCCGCCGGUCCGCGGAGGAAUCAUGAUAUUCCUGGCAAUGAUAUUGCGCCUUUUCAGCCGCCACAGGCUCCGCGAACACCUGCAAUGUCUCGUAGAAACAGCAUCAAAUCAGCCAAGAGCAACAACACCAAGAAGGGCCGCGCGGAAGCUGUGGGGACCCCCAGUGUGAAAGCCCGUGAUAACGACUUCAAGUCUUUCCAGGAGGCUUUACGAGAGCCUCCGCCGCCUAUACCUGAUGCUUACGCCAACCCGCCUGCUCCUAGUCCAACAAUCUCGUAUAACAAGCCGUGUAUACCGCCUGUAGAUCCGGCUCCAACCAAGGAACGACCGGGUUUCUUCCGGCGUGUUUUCGGGUCGUCCAAGAAUCUAAUCUCGGCACAGUAUGACAACCCAUACACGGUCGAGAGUCCGGGAUCUCAGCAGGAGAGCGAGCCAAGGGAUCUCAACCCCGCUGCUGCGGUCAACAAAGGAUGGAAACAGAACUCGAAACAACCCUCUACGGGAAACACCCCCACUCGCGAGACCGGCCAACAGGUGAUUAACAAGAAGCCAUCAUUCUUCCGUCGCCGGAAGAAGUCAGUGGCCGAUGUCCCUCUACCGGCUGGCUCUCUCCCGCAGAAUGCAUUGAAACUUUCGGAACAAAGUCGAGGGGAACCAAGCGUGGCGAACGAUCUGCGGAAGACGCUGGAUCCUUACUUGAUCGACGGUUCGUCGGCCGUACCUGGUGGUAAGACUGAUUCCGAGGAAGAGUUUCUUGCGGACAGUACAGGCGGUGACGUUGCAACUGAUAUGCGGACGCAAAACGCUCGUGGUGCUCAGCGAGCCAGUGCUUCUGCUACCAAGGGCCCUGUGUUGAGAACGAAAUAUAGUCUAAAUCUUGACUUCCAAAAUCGCGAACCUCUCGACUCGUUCCUCCAUGAGAGCAGUGGAAACGAGGACUUGAAUGAUAAGUCCGGAUGUACUGGUGAAGACAAGCCCCGGAGACCCAGCACAAGCCCCGUGGCUCCUGGGCAUAUGUUCAAUGCCUCGGUGGAUGUCCCUCUACCUCCAAACAUGUUGCAAAGCCGGGAGAGCUUCCUGAAUGGGGUAUCCGUUGGGAAAACAGUCUCCGUGGCCAAACAGCCGACUGUCGCUCCUGCGGACGACGAGGAAAGGCGCUCUUCGGUACAGCAUGAUCUUGGCUCCUUUGCGGAAAGACCAGACGAGCCCACCGGAGCUCCUCUAUCCAUUGAUGUGCUUGGCGACUCUUCUAGGGCGUCCAUGUCAGACGUAUCAAACUAUGUCACGGCAUCAAACACUCCUGUGAUUUCGGAGGACCCCAAGUCCAAACCAACUUCCCCUCUUGAUGCAACGGCAGAAGAGAGCACACCCGACGGCAAACCAUCUCCGGCAGAUUAUGAAAUUGCCCAGAAGGUGUUCGAUAACCAAGACAGGAUCACGGGUAAUGAGCCUGCCGCAGCUUGGUUAGGACACCCUGACCGUUCUAUGGUCCGGAAGGCCUAUAUGGAGCUCUAUGAUUGGUCCGACAUGAAUAUUCUCUCGGCCCUGCGCAGCUUGUGCACGCGGACGACACUGAAAGGUGAAACCCAGCAAGUUGAUAGAGUCCUGGACGCAUUUUCUUCUAGGUGGUGCGAAUGUAACCCGUACCACGGCUUUAAGGCCCCUGAUGUUGUUCACACUAUCUGUUAUUCUCUGCUUCUUUUGAAUACGGAUCUCCAUGUUGCGGACAUCGAGCAGAAAAUGACCAAAGCCCAGUUUGUUAGAAAUACUAUGCCCACUAUUCAUCGAGUGGCGAUGGAUGCAGCGCCAGAUAGUUUCGAUACCAUUCGUGCCAGCACCAAGAGCAGAGUCCCACUUCCCUUUUCUGAGUCAGGUCUAUCAACCAAAUCCGAUGCGGGAUCCGACAUGGACAUCUCGGACAAGAGAGCUUCGAAAGUAAUGCUGACGUUGCGGCCGAGUGCUUCCACAACGUCAAACAUUGAUCCCGGCCCACUGGUCAAUGUGCCUUUUACCGGCACCAUGAGAGCAUGGGAAGUGCAGGUCGAGGCUGUCUUGAAGGACUUCUACAGCUCCAUCCAGAAGCACAGGCUCCCGCUGUAUGGCGCAGAUCCUGAGAGUGAUCAAUCCAAUAACUUCCUAGGACCGAAUAGCCAAGGACUUCGCAGGACUCCUAGCACGCUGAGCAAGAGCGGAUCUGACAUUUACCCUUCCUCGCGGGGGCGUUCCGUAGACUCGCGCUCUGCAACUGCCCGCUGGCCGUCGUCGAAACCGCGCUCGGGGCGGAGGGGACUGUACCCCAACUCUGCGAUGGGUAGUCGCACUAGUCUGGAUGACCAGUCUUCCUUCUGGAGCCCUUCUGCAUCAAGUACGUGGAGUAAGUAUUCUUUGGGCAAGACGUUGACCUCCAUGUCUGUUGAUUCCCUCGGUUCAGAUUAUCCGCGAGGCGAGUAUCAGCAGUCGAUCGGAUUCGCAAAUGCCCUCAGUCAAGCAAUAAUCCGCGAAGACUCUUCGAAGUCUAUAACUAGCAUUGAAGAAUUCCCUCGAACGACGCCUCUGCUGGAGGAUGAGACACUGGAACUCGCAGGCGCUCCAUGGGCCAAGGAAGGCAGCCUCAAGCACAAGCACCAUUUGGACGCUGUCGACAAGAAGGCCAAGGAUCGCAACUGGAACGAGUGUUUCGCCGUCAUCCAGCAAGGAUGGAUGCGCCUGUUCUCGUUCAAUGCUUCUACAAAGUCCAUGAGGCAGAAGAAGACGAGGAACGGUGGUGGCAUCGUUGGCGGGGGCAACUGGAUGGAAAAUGCGGAGGAAGUAUGGAAGUUUCUUCUUCGGCAGACCAUUGCCAGUGCCUUGCCUCCGCCUGGGUAUUCAAAGUCGAGACCACAUGUAUGGGCUCUGAGCUUGCCGACUGGUGCGGUGCACUUGUUCCAGGCCGGCACGCCCGAGAUUGUGAAAGAGUUUGUCACAACGGCCAACUAUUGGAGCGCGAGACUGUCUAAGGAACCGCUCAUUGGAGGAGUCAGUAACAUCGAGUACGGCUGGAGUGAUUCGGUCAUCAACAGUGCUGUGAUCCACGCAGAUACGAGGUCACCACCAGGCUCGGCUGGAGCCGCGCGCCCGAGUCUCCAAAGCUCUAUUCGGAGCUCCAUCGACCAGCAAGGUGUGCGACCGAAGCUCCCUGCUGAUCGAGUAAUGAUCAGCGAUUGGGCGCCUCCUCAGCAAAGCAUGGUUGCCUCGAAUCUUCCGGAGGAAGAACAGCUCAAGGCUCUUCAGAAUUAUGUCAAGAAUGUGGAAGCCGAGUUGCAGAAACACAACGAGCUAAGGCCGGCGAUGAUCCUGGCCUUCUCUCCCAAACAUCCCAACGCGGCCAAAGCCAUGGCUAACUGGGAGCGGAAGUCUUCUUAUCUAUUGCGGGAGAUUGUCAAAUUCCGGACGUAUAUCGAUUGUUUGCGAUACGCGCAGGCUCAAAAAGCGAAGAUCUAUGCAGAGCGAGAAGACCCCAAAGAAGAGGAAGUCGCUUCUGCUGAAGCGCCCGAGGAGGUCUCUGUCGCUGCUUAG